CACCGAAGGCGUGAUUGAAGGAGAACCCGACGAAAACUCCGUCAACGAGCUCGGUGACUUGAAUUGUCACGAGGGACAUGGUGUGGCUGUCGUGGUUGAUCGCUCAGUUAUGGUCGAAGAACGAUUGGACGACGACGAUGGACGUAGGUCGGAAAAAGGAUAUCGGAGAUGGUCAGAUCCGCGACGGCGUGGAUCAAUCGGGCUCCGGGUCCGUUCACACAAUCGAGGGAGACGACGUAGGAGCCUUCGUCGUAGGGGCAUUCGAAAGUGACGAGGCAGCCGACGAGUGGGUAGAAGUGGGAGAGUGUGAGGGAGAGGGCAUGGUUCAACCCGCGGAGGAAUUCAACGAUGUGCAAGCCGGCGGAGGGUUUUUGGUAGAGAUGACCCUUCUGGAUGUAGUGGACGGAGAGCAUGAGGAGGUCCCAUGGAGGCAAGUGUAUUGGGCGCUUCAUUUCGUCGGCGGAAGGAAUGCCGCUGCAGGGCCGGAGGUUGUGUUCUGGUGGUGGUGAGGUUGGGUUGGGUAGGGUAUUGGGGUGUGUAAAAAAGAAAUUAGGUUUUUUAUUUUUUUAUUUUUUAAUGAAUGUAAUAAUGAGGUGGAAAAUAUAAAAAUUUAUUUUUUCAUUUUUAAUAAUUUUUUAAUUGCCACGUCACAUAUUUAACGGUCAACUAUGAAAGUUGACUGCCACGUAAGCUAGAGUUAACGGAAAUGGACGGAGAGUGACCAAACUUGAACCAUUUAACUAAUUUGAGUGACCAAGAUUGGAUUUAAAUAUUUCCAGUGACCAAACAUGAACGUUUUUUGUAAUCUCAGUAACCAACCAUACAAUUAACCCGAGGUUACAUUCUGCUUCAUUUAGGUCGAUCUUCAUUAGCUAUUUGUACGAGUUCAUCCAUGAUACAAUGGGAUGAUAGAUCAGGGCUUAUACUAGAAGAUGCAACAAUCCUCCAAUCUUAUAUAUAGUAGAGUUUUGUCUACAUUUCUCUAUUUCAAAUUUCCUGUGAGUGAAUGUAGGAAGGACAAUUUGGUCUUUACAAUUAAUUAUUUAUUUAAUAAAAUGUUAAUAUCAAGGUUUGAACACCGGUCUCUUCAAAAAAAAAAAAAAAAAAUUGAACCGGAAUAAAUCCGCCCAAAUCGGUACUUAAAGGACUCAAUCAUCGUUGAGUCCAUAGAUCCUAUUCUCCACGGAUCUAUAGACUUCAUUAUCGGUGGAGAAUAGUCUCGGCCUGAUUCCGUGAUAUGUAGCCUCCAGAAUCGAAAGAAAAUGGCAUUUCGGAUAAAUCGCCCGAAAUCUGUGAUGGUACCCCUUUGGAAUCUGCUAAAAAUUGACCCGGAAUAAAUCCGCCCAAAUCGGUGCUUAAUGGACUCAAUCAUCGUUGGAGAAUAGCCUCAGGGCGAAUUCGUGAUCUGUAGCCUUCAAUAUCCAAAGAAAAUGGCCUUUCGUCGCCCAAGAAAUUACGAAAAUGCCAUCCGAAAAUAAAUUGGCCCAAAUCGAUGCUUAACGCACUUAUCAUCCCUGGAGAAUAGGAUCAAUAGAUUUCAUUAUCGGUGGAGAAUAGCCUCAGACUGAUUCCGAGAUCUGUAGCCUCCAGAAUCGAAAGAAACUGGUAUUUCGGAUAAAUCGCCCUAAAUCUGUGAUGGUACCCCUUUGGAAUCUGCCAAAAAUUGAACCGGAAUAAAUCCGUCCAAAUCGGUGCUUAUUGGACUCAAUCAACGUUGGUGAAUAGCUUCAGGACGAAUCCGUGAUCUGUGGCCUUCUAUAUCCAAAGAAAAUGGCCUUUCGUCGCCCAAGAAAUUACGAAAAUGCCAUCCGAAAAUAAAUUGACCCAAAUCGAUGCUUAACGAACUUAUUAUCCGUGGAGAAUAGGAUCAAUAGACUUCAUUAUCGGUGUAGAAUAUCCUCGGCCUGAUUCCGAGAUCUAUAGCCUCCAGAAUCGAAAGAAAAUGGCAUUUCUGAUAAAUCGCCCGAUAUCUGUGAUGGUACCCCUUUGGAAUCUGCCAAAAAUUGAACAGGAAUAUAUCCGUCCAAAUCGGUGCUUAUUGGACUCAAUCAUCGUUAGAGAAUAGCCUCAGGCCGAAUCCGUGAUAUGUAGCCUUCAAUAUCCAAAGAAAAUGGCCUUUCGUUGCCCAAGAAAUUACGAAAAUGCCAUUCGAAAAUAAAUUGGCCCAAAUCGAUGCUUAACGGACUUAUCAUCCGUGGAGAAUAAGAUCAAUAGAAUUCAUUAUAGGUGGAGAAUAGCCUCGGCCUGAUUCCGAGAUCUGUAGCCUCCAGAAUCGAAAGAAAAUGGCAUUUCGGAUAAAUCGCCCGAAAUAUGUGAUGGUACCCCUUUGGAAUCUGCUAAAAAUUGACCCGGAAUAAAUCAGCCCAAAUCGGUGCUUAUUGGACUCAAUCAACGUUGGAGAAUAGCCUCAGCCGAAUCCGUGAUCUGUAGCCUUCAAUAUCCAAAGAAAAUGGCCUUUCGUCGCCCAAGAAAUUACGAAAAUGCCA